GUAGUGUUGGUGACAAUGGGUGAUAACAAAUACAACAGUUUGCCGCGGCUGCGUCGAAGGGAGACUUGGAGACGCAAAGGGCUGGACACAUGGUUCGGCCGGCCCAAGAAGGCGGGCGGGGGCCCCGAGCGGGGCUACGACACGGUGCCGCGCGCGGAGCCCCGCCCCGACGACGAGGAGCCAGCGGCGGAGUACACCAGCAAGAUAGACGCGCUCGAUGACGACCAGCUGGAGCGGCGGUUUGAGGAGAUGCUGACGGACAUGAAUAUUGGCGAGAAAAAGAAAGAGCCGCUGAGGAAAUACUCGAGGGAUCAGAAGAAGAAGAUGUUGGUUGCUUACAAAUUCGUUAACACACAGGAAGGCCGAUCUAAAUUCGAGAAGCCCUCGGACUAUGUGUCGUAUCUAAACCAACCGGAGCUGUCGGUUGGCAAGCUUCACGGCUGUCUUGAGAACCUGAGGAUAUCUCUGACGAACAACCCGCUGUCCUGGAUAGAGGACUUCGGCACCAAGGGGAUAGAGAGCCUGCUGACCACCCUCAACGUGUGCUACACGAAUGACUCCCGCUACGAUAGAGUGCAGUACGAGUGCAUAAGAUGCCUGUCCGCCAUUUUGAAUAACACAGUCGGCAUUCGCGCUGUGUUCGAGUGCAGAGAGGCUUUGCCAGUGCUGGCUCGCAGUUUGGACGCUAGGAAACCGCACUGCGCGUUGGAAGCGGCUAAGGUGCUAGCCGCAAUAUGCCUCAUACCGAACGGGCACGAAAAAGUUCUAGAAGCAAUCACGAUGGCCGGCGAGUCGAGUCGGAAGCCGCGGUUGUUGCCCAUCGUGGAGGGGCUGCAUCCGAAAUCGCCGGAGAGCUUAAAGAACGGCUGUAUGCAACUGAUGAACGCCAUUAUAACGGAGCCCGAGGAGUUGGAGUUUCGGAUGCAUUUGCGGAGCGAGUUUAUGAGAACUGGGCUUUAUGAUCUUAUCGAGGAUUUACGCGCGGGAGCGGAGGAAGGGGGGAGGUCGAUACAAAUGAAUGUAUUCGAUACACACGCAGCGGCAGACCAAGACGAGUUUCUCGUUAAAUUCGAUGACGUCAGGGUGGAUUUCCAAGAUGUGAACGAAUGCUUCGAGCUGGUGAAGAACCUGGUGAUGGAGACGCCCGCGGAGCCGUUCCUGCUCUCAAUAUUGCAGCAUCUGUUGUUCAUUAGAGACGAUGAGUUGAUAAGGCCCGCCUACUACAAGCUGAUAGAAGAGUGCGUGACGCAAAUAGUUCUGCACAAGAACGGCUACGAUCCCGACUUUAGGCUGACGCAGCGGUUCAAUAUCGAUGUGCAGCCUUUGAUAGACGGCCUCAUUGAAAAAUCAAGAGCGGAAGAAGAGAAGAAAGUGGAGGAGUUAAAGUCGAAACUGGAAGCGGCCAUAGCGGCGAGGCAGGAGGCGGAAGCGAGAGUGACCCACCUGGAGGAGAGAAUGAAGAGCAUCUCCACCCCGAGCGGGCCGGGAGGAGUCUCGCAGGGGAACAUAGCCGCUAUUGCUAAGGCGAUAGGCAGCCCUGGUGGUCCCCCACCACCGCCGCCACCACCUAUGCCUGGAGGAGGUCCGCCGCCCCCGCCGCCGCCGCCGUUGCCGUCAGGCGGCGGUCCCCCCCCACCGCCCAUGCCCGGCAUGGCGGGCGCCCCCCCUCCCCCGCCGAUGCCCGGUAUGGGGCCACCGCCCCCACCACCUCCUCCUGGUAUGGGCGGGCCGAGGCCGCCACCCCCGCCCGGAGGGAUGAUGGCUCCAAGGAUGCCCCAACCAGAUGUGCUCCCUCACGGUCUGAAGCCGAAAAAGAAGUGGGAGGUGGAGGGGCCAUUGAAAAGGGCGAAUUGGAAGACAAUUGUGCCGCAGAAGAUGUCGGAGAAAGCAUUUUGGGUCAAGGUGCAAGAAGACAAAUUGGCUUCGCCGGAUAUAUUAAACGGGCUCGCGCUUAAGUUCUCGAGUAAACCAGUCGCUAAGAAAAACGAGGACGCCGUUGACAAGGUGCACACGCUGAAAAAGGUGAAAGACCUCAAGGUGCUGGACUCGAAGGCGGCGCAGAACCUGUCCAUCCUGCUCGGCGGCUCGCUGAAGCACAUGUCCUACGAGCACAUACGGCAGUGCAUACUGCGCUGCGACACCGCCGUGCUCAACGCCAACGUUCUGGACCUGCUUAUACAGUACCUCCCCCCAGCGGACCAAUUGAAGAAACUGGCUGAGCUGAAGUGUCAGAGCUCGGAUCCACAUGAAAUAUAUGUACGUUUACAGGACAUCGUCUCCGGCACGGCGGCGUGCGAAGAGGUGAAGGCGAGUGGAAAGUUCGCGAAAAUACUCGAGCUGCUGCUGCUCCUGGGCAAUUACAUGAACACGGGCUCGAACAACGCGGGCGCUUACGGAUUCGAGAUCAGCUUCUUGACCAAGCUAACAUCAACGAAAGAUCUGGAAAACAAACAGACGCUACUCCAUUAUUUGGUGGACACGAUAGAGAGCAAGUUCCCUGAUGUACUCAGUUUCGCUGAAGAGAUGCCACACAUAGACAGAGCGGCUCGUGUUUCCAUGGAGAGUCUGCAGAAGUCGCUGAAGAAAAUGGAGAACGACAUACGGUCCCUGGAGACGGACCUGAACAACUCGAGAGUGCCGCAGUGCCCCGAGGAUAGGUUCUACGAGUGUAUGAGCAGCUUCGCGGUGGAGGCGCGCGAGCAGUGCGACCUGCUGCACUCGAUGUACCGCAAGAUGGACGCGCUGUACGGCGAGCUGGCCGAGUACUACGUGUUCGACGCGCGCAAGUACACGCUCGAGGAGUUCUUCGCCGAUCUGAAGACGUUCAAGGACUCGUUUGCGGCGGCGUACCAGGAGAACGUGACCGUGCGCGAGGCGGAGGAGCGGGCGAGGAGGGCGAGGGAGACGCGGGCCGCCGCGGAGAGGGAGAGGAGGGACCGCCAGCACAGAUACAAGCAGUUCGUGGACAUCGAGCACGCGCAGGAGGGCGUCAUGGACAGUUUAAUGGAAGCGCUGCAAAGCGGUUCGGCGUUCAGUAGAGAGAGGCCGAGGAAGAAAGCCAAUCCACGUGUGGCUGGAGCUGAGCGAAGAGCGCAAUUGAACCGGUCCAGAUCGCGGUCCGGUUUGACCGGACCACUGACCACCAGGGAGCUAACGAAUGAGUUGCUGAGCAACGCGUGAUGUCAUCGACAGUGAUACUAGUGAUAUAUCUAACGGAUAAGUAGGUAUAUAUCGUUUAACGGCCUAAUCGUACUUUGUAUGUACUGUGUGUACGCGGCUUUAGGGAAUGUCGUGCGAGAUUGUCGGCCGGUGUGGACGUGCCUUUAUGUUUUAGUUUUAGCGUGUAAUCUGUGCUAAUGAGGAUUUUUUUUUUUAUUAUUCCGUAAUGUUUGAGUAAAAUUUUGAAUUUAGAAUAACAAUGUCAUCGUUGUAGAUUAUAUAUUAUGUAUGUGUAUGUGACGGUUUUAAAUAUUAUUAUUACAAUGUUUUUGGAUUUAUUUUGUAUUGUUUAUUUUUCUUUUUGUAAUGUUCUCAACAUUCAUUAUGUUGAUUUUGAUGUGAUGUCUAAUGUAGUAGAGUAGAUUAAAGGAAAAUUUGCGACCCCACCCCUUCAACUUAAUUCGAAACAGUUCUCUUGGAACUUUUUCUUGAUUCUAGCGCCAAAAAAA